CUUCGUUAAGGUUCAGACCAGAGAAAGCAAAAUAAUAAUUGUUGGCAAGCUGACGAGGAAACUCAGGAAAGGCGUUAGGCAAGGAAAGCCUAACUCGUCCGGGUCAAAUAGCUCUUUCGCAGACUCAGUCCUUUAAUCGCGAAUCUAAUACCUUGGACAUUAUAUUUCUCGAAGAAGAAACCGGUACGCCGUCGUUUGCUCCCUCCGAUCUCCUUGGGCUGGUGAAUUUUUGCUUACUACAACAAUGAGUUUCGUUUACCGAGGGACGAGAUCAGAUUUAGAGAGUGGAUUUCCCGGCUUUACUUCCGAGAGGCAGACUGUGCAUGUCCAUACAGGACGUCCGGUUAAUUCCAACUCUCUUGUGUUUUUCGUUACAGUACUUCUGCUAUUCAUGAUUUUGAAUUCACAACAGAUGUCACCUAAUUUUCUGCUUUGGCUGGUGCUUGGUGUGUUUUUUAUGGCAACGUCUUUAAGAAUGUAUGCCACCUGUCAACAACUUCAAGCUCAGGCACAAGCCCAUGCUGCCGCGGCGAGUGCACUUUUGGGCUAUGCUGAACUACGGUUGCAUAUGCAACCAUCUAUUGCACUUGCAACCAGAGGGCGUCUACAAGGUCUGAGAUUGCAGCUUGCCCUUCUUGACCAAGAAUUCGAUGAUCAUGACUAUGAAACUCUGAGAGCACUUGGUUCCGACAAUGUCCCCAACGCUGCUUCAAUGAGUGAAGAAGAGAUAAAUGCCCUGCCUGUUCACAAGUACAAGACCUCUGCUCCUCAAUGUUCUGCUUGCAGCAACGUCUCUCCGAUGCAACAAGUGUCAUCUUCCAACUCACCUCAGAAGAGGCAGGAUUCGACCAAUCCAAUUAGCAUCAAGAAGGGUUCCGAAGAUGAAUUGACCUGCAGUGUUUGCUUGGAGCAAGUUAGUGUCGGCGAUCUUAUCUGCAGUUUACCCUGUUUGCAUCAGUUUCAUGCUAACUGCAUCGACCCGUGGUUGCGACAACAAGGUACGUGUCCUGUUUGUAAAUUCCGGGUCGGAUCUGUAUGGCAGGAAAUCGGUGGAAUAGAUGCUUCCUUCAUGGCUUAAGUACUCUUCGAGGACACCUGCUUGUUCGUCAAUGUAUCUAACAUACAUGCAUGCACAUGCAUAUUAUUUCUUGAAGGGCUGUAAUUACUUGAUGGCCAACGAUCAUAUGAUCACCUAACAAGUAGUGUAAUGAUAUGCUUGUACUUAUCGGUUAUGUUGCCGAUUGGUUCCGGUUGGAAAAUUUUGUUCGGAAUUUGUCCAGUUACAGGUCGAAGGCUUGAGAAAGCUUGAGCCUGCGAUGCAUAUUGUAAACUUGACAGUUCGUUUGUUCAUGUCGUAUUAUUUUU